AUGGCUUCCAAAGCGGCACAGGCCGAGCAUGGUGGCGAGUACCGCCAAUUCCUGCCAGACUUGAGCAUACCCAGGUUCACGACCAUGCAGAAACAAGAUGCUCACGUAUACGCGAAAGAGUUCAAAGAGGGCGGCAACCCGCCAUGGCUUCACAACCUGUACUUGCACUGGCUCAAACUGCUCAAGGACCCGUUCAAGGGCGUCACAACCGACGGUACUGUGAGACCAGAUCUCUUUAAGCUACAAGACGAAGGAGUACCGAUCGACGACAUCGUGAAUGCCACAAAUGCUGUCGUCGAGUUGCUAGACGCAGACCAGGCCAAGCGCGUAAAGUACCACGUGGAUGCCCCCGAGUGGCGGACGUGGAGCAACCCCGAGUUCCUACUCAGCGACAAAGGAGUCCGGCUUGACGAGAUAAGCUCUGAGCUGCGAGACAAGAUCUUGCUCGUCCUCAAGGCGACGCUUUCACCCGAGGGGUAUCAAAAGGCGGUGGGCGCCACGCGCGUGAAUGGCUUCCUCGGCGAUCUGGUCAAAUCACCGUCCGUGAUGAACGAGUUCAGCUACAACUUUGUCCUGUUUGGCGAGCCGUCAACAACACGGCCUUGGGGAUACGCCUUUUACGGUCACCACCUCUGCCUCAACAUCUUCUUUUACAAGUCGCAGAUCGUCAUAUCACCGUGGUUUACAGGCGCCGAACCAAACCUCAUCGACGAGGGAAAGUACAAGGGAACACGUAUACUUGAGGAGGAAGAGAAAUUGGGACUGCAACUCAUGCAGAGCCUUCCUGCCGAUAAGCAGGCCAAGGCCCAGACAUAUAAGCUAUUGAGGGAUCCUGCUAUGCCCCACGGCCGAUGGAACCACGACGACCAGCGCCAUCUUUGUGGCGCGUACCGAGACAAUCGAGUGGUGCCUUAUGAGGGCAUUCUCGUCUCGGAAAUGACGUCUGACCAGCAGGAGCUCGUACUAGGGAUCUUGAACCAGUACCUACUUUACCUCCCCGCCCAAGCCAAGAAGGCCCGCCUGGAAAACAUCAAGUCAUGGUUCCACGAGACAUACUUCAGUUGGAUCGGGUCAUACGGCGAUUCAGACCCCUUCUACUACAGGAUCCAGAGCCCUGUCAUCAUCGUGGAGUUCGACCAUCACUCAGGCGUAUUCCUCACAAACAAGAAGCCAGCGAAAUUCCACAUCCACACGCUGUUGAGGACACCAAAUGGCGGCGACUAUGGUAUGGCUUUGAGGCCUUUGAUCCCCAGCAACGAGGAACCGUUCUGUUGGGACGGUGAGAAGGACUGA